GAGCGGGGCGGCCGGGCCGGGCCGGGCCGGGUGGUGCUGUGUGGCACAGGACACAGGGCAGCGUCCCCCUUCAGCACCGAGACUGAGCGUACCCCCCCACGCCAUCGCAGCCUGAAGCCAGAGGGAGAAGUGUCCCUGCUGAUCAGCAGUGGGUGCGUUUGCUGUUGGCUGGUGUCACGCAGCAUCUCCUUGCUUGGGUUUGAAAAUCUGGGAUUGAAAACCAAGGAUUAUUCCUUCCUUUUGGGGUGUAAACAUCUCCCUGAAGAGCAGCAUGGAGCCUGGGCUGCAAAGCACUGCGGGGCUCAGCCCGAGUGUCUCUCAGGUGUCUGGGGAGGGGAGAUUUCCAGAAGGACAGUGUUACAUCCCACCCUGCCUGCAUGACUCUCUCCUGUCCUUGCUGUCCUGGGGAUCUCUGUGUCUUGGUGGUGCCAUGGGGUUGUUGGGUACAGAUUGGCAUCUCCUUGCUUGCGGGGAGGAAGGUGUGGGAGGGAAAAGUCAAUUGUAGCCGUGCCGGAGCUGUAUUACAAAGAACAAAUUCUUUUCCCGAGGGCUUUUGGAGCGUUGGUUGCUGUUUUUUUCCCUCCCUUUCUUUCUUUCUGCAGUAGAACAACUCAUUUCCCCACCAAGGAGCCGGUCCCUUCCCUUCCAAUGCCUGAAGUGGGGAGAGGGGCUCAGCACCUCCUUCUGGCACUCCGUGGGUCCCAUGCUGCCGUUGUCCCAUUGUCCCCCACCCUGGUUAUGAGGGGAGAGGUCUCCUGGUUGCUGUCGUGGGGGCGAGGGGUCUCCACAGCCUUCCUGCACACCCUGACUCUCACUGAUUCUCUCCUGCCCUUGCCUCCUCAGCUGACCUCCACGGGCCGUGCCGGACACGUCUCCAAGGGCUUGUUCCUGCUGGAGCACGGUGAUCACCCCAGGGUGCUGCUCUCAUCAUUUCCAGAUCCCCACGUUCCUCUGGUGACAGUGAUGAAGACUUGGGUCUGUGAUUCAGAACAGAAAGUGGAGAUUUUCAUCCCUUUUCUGGGCAAAUACCGGCCGCUCACGGGGCGCUGCUGCCAGACCUGCACCCCCAGGAGCUGGGAUGGCUUCUACCAUGCGCAGCUCUCCUCCCUCGGCUUCCGCAACACCACCCAGGUGACGGAGGAGGACACCAGGUACCGGGGCUGGCUGGUUCGACGCCUCUGCGGCUUCCUGGCUGUCUGGGACUGGAAGGUGCCCGCCGACACCCCCAGGGACCUCCCGGAGAGAGUCUGCCGCAGCCGCAGGGUACGGGACGUCGCUGCCAGGCAGGCCCGUGGCUCGGGGGGGAACAGCGAGUCCCGCCAGGGGUGGAAGGAGAAAGUCCUGGAGAUCCUGGCUGGGAUCCAGGCCCCGCUCUCCCUCCCCGUGCUCAGGUUGUGCGGCUGGGUCCUGCUGCGGCUCCUGAGCCGCCUCUUCCUCAGCGUGCAGCUCCACCGAGGGCAGCUGGAGAUGGUGCUGAGGGCUGCCACCACGCCCGACGUGCCGCUGGUCUUCCUCUCCACGCACAAAUCCCGGCUGGACGGGCUGCUGCUCUCCUUCCUCUUCUUCUCCAACGGCCUGGGGGUGCCCAGGGUGACAGUGGGCAGCUUGAACUGCAGCCCUGGCCUCCGGGCCUUGCUUCGCUGCCUGGGAGGGGUUUUCCUGCCUGCGGAGAUGGAGCAGGCAUCGAGUGGGCAGGACGGAGGGCUCCCAGCUGCUGUGCUUGCCUCGCUCCUGCACGUCCCUGCGGUGCCACCGGCACCCCCAGCCUCCCCCCCUCUGCUCCAGUACGUUGAGGAGGUGCUGAGGAGCCGGCAGCCUCUGCUGAUCUUCCUGGAGGAGCCCUGCGCCCCGCGGUGCCUUUCAGCUACUGCCCAGGAGUGGCUGGCCCCGGUGCUCCGAGCCGUGUGGGACGGCGCCGUCCCCGAUGUCCUUGUGGUCCCCGUGGGCAUCGCCUACGACCUGGCCCCCGACAGCCUCCAGGGCAGCGGAGCGCACGGCGCUCGGCCCCUCAGCCUCAGCACCUGCCUCUGGGCCGCGUGCCGAGCCCUGCGCCGACGCCUCGGCUGUGCCCGCGUGGACUUCGCCCAGCCCUUCUCCCUGCAGGAGUUUGUGACAAACACCCUCAGCAGACAGGGCAGCGCGGGGAAGCCGCCGGAGGAGCUGCUGCUGCCCACCCUCCUCGGCACGCACUCCAGCCAGCCGUGCAGCGAGAGGGCAGAGCCUGAGGGUCCGGCCCCUGGAACGGCUCCCGGCUGGGAGGCAGAAGCCAAACUGCUGGUGACCAGGCUGGGCCUGCACGCCCUGAGCGACAGCACCGCCUGCUCCGCCGUCACGGCCGUGGGCAUCAUGUCCACGCUGCUGCUGCACAAGCACCGCCAGGGUGUCCGGCUCUCCCGGCUCAUGUCAGACUUCGCGUGGCUCCUGGAGGAGACGCUGGUGCGCCAGCACGACGUGGGCUUCUCGGGGCAGCUCCGCGCCCUGGUGCUGCACAGCCUGGCCCUGCUCAGAGCUCGCCUCACCCUCUACCACCUCGCACCCCUUGGUGACGUCCUGGUGGUCCCCAAGGUCUCGGUGGAGGCGUGCAGGGAGCUGGGCCAGCACAGCGCAGCCCUGCUGCCCGUCUUCGCCAGCGAGGCGGUGGGAGCCUGCGCCAUCCGCGCCCUGCUGCUGGAGAUGCUGCCCUUCCUGGGGGCGGCCUCCUGCCCCGCCAGCAUCACGCUGAGCCAGGACGAGCUGCUCCACAAGACCCUGCUGCUGCUCCAGCUGCUGCCCCCCAGCCUGCUGGGGCUCCAGCCCUGCCAGCCCCUCGACCACCAGAGCCAGGACAUCUUGGACAAGCUCAUCCUGUGCGGGCUGCUGGAGGCUGAGGAGUCGGAGAACGAGCACUGGCUGUGCGACCCGGCCCCACGGCGCUACAGCAAGGGGCAGCCCUGGACCGAGGUGGAUUUCACCGACAGUGACAGUGACAGCGAGGACGUCUGCAACCGCUGCUUCAAGGUGCGUGGGGGGCUCCCCCCGUCCAUGCCCCUGCAGGGUGCUGAGGCUCCACAAACUCGUUUCACUUCGGGCUCUCCCCAGCUCCGAGAGCCCGAAGGCUCGCCCGGCCUCCUCCUCUUCCUCUGCCGCCUCCUGAGCCCCGUUCUGCAGACCUACACGCGAGCAGCAGCGUUCCUGGAGCAGCCCAGCUGGCCCCAGCCUGAGGCAGCCUGUGUGGGGGCACUGCAGCAGUUCCUAGCAGAGGAGGAUGGUUUGGGUGAGUCGGGGCCUGGUGGCGGGCAUCCCCCCACCCCUGCUGGGCUGCAGGUGGGUCUGGGGGGGCUCCCUCGGGGAUUUCUCUCCCUCCAGAGCGCCCCACCCAGAGCCUGGCGCUGAGCACGCUGCGGACCUUCAAGGAGAUGGGGGGCCGGGGGAAGCUGCGAGCCUUCAUCCAGCAGUUCGUGCAGCCGUAGCCCCAGCGCAGCAAUAAACCCAGCUGCGGGCACAGAGGGAGCAGCACCCUCUUCC